AUGGACGUCGAAUCCCACUCGCCCGAUCGCAAGAUGCUAGACCUCGUCUUUAUCCAAGACGCUACUGGCUCACAAGGAUCUUACAUUACCCAUUCAACUGAGCAUAUUCAGCGUAUCUGCGCAGACAUCAUCUCCCACGGCGGACUCGCUUCAGCCGAAGAUUUACGCGUAGGACUCAUCGCAUUCAGAGACCACCCUCCUCAAGAUCAUACCUAUGUCACCAAAAACUUCGGAUUCACAUCUGAUAUCGGAAAAGUGCACGAGAACCUAAAGACGCUGUAUGCGAGUGGUGGCGGAGAUGGGCCCGAGGCAGUUACUGCUAGCUUGUGGGAUGCGUUGAAUCUGGAUUGGAGGCCGACUGCCAGUAAAAUGAUUGUACUUAUUGCCGAUGCUCCACCUCAUGGGAUUGGGGAGUACGGAGAUGGCUUCGAUGCGGGGUCACCCGAUGGACACGACCCGCUUGUUAUUGCGCGUGAACUCGCCCAGCGCGGUAUUGUUCUCUUCUUUGUUGCAUGCGAGCCAGCUCUCUCAGGCUACGCUCACGCUAAUGACUUUUACACCGCUCUCACAUCCAUCACUUCUGGUCUCAUGGUUCCGUUGACAACGGCUUCACUCCUCUCGCGCGCGAUUAUUGGCAGUGUUUUGGAAAAUUUGGAUAUGGAACGGUUAAUUAGAGAGGUUGGAGCGGCUGUGGCUGAACGGAUUCUUGGAGGUCAGCAAUCUGUAGACGAUGUUGCACGGGAGCUGCACGAAAAACUGUUAUUACGUGGAGAUGGUGUUAAGCGAAUGGUUGUCGAGAACAUUUAUCGCGAAUCGGACGAAGCCAAGCACAACGUGCAAGUCUGGACUAAUGCACGUACGAUACAGGAUGCUCGACCGCAUUUGAAAAAGGUUAAAGGUUCACGUUUCACUGACAAAUACCUUAAUAUGGGAUACACCACACGCACUUACCGAUCUCCUCCAACACCUCCGCCUCGUACCCCGCCUACUAGCCCCCCACCACGCGCAACGAGCCACUCCCCUACUUCGCCUCCACGACGUGUUGUGACUGACUUCCCGACGUUCAGCACUGGCGCACAGGGACUUUCGGUGUUUGGCACCGGGGUUGAGAAGGCGAAUCCGAUGUUUGGCGGGAAUGCCUUUGGUGCAGGCCGGUUCGGAGGCAUGCGAGAGACCUCCAUGGACGCUGACGAUGAUGAUGACGAACCUGAUGGGAUCGACGUUCGUGAAGGAAGUGUGACUCUCGAACAGGCCAAACGCAUUGCACUUCAAAGUGCCUGGCGAGGCGCGCGGGGAUAA